UGAGUUGAAUAAGGGGAGGGAGGGAAGGAAGGAAAGAGACAGGAAAACGAAGGGGUAAAGCGAAGGAAUCACUGAAAGUGAGCUGGGAAGAGGAGGAGGGAAAGAGGGAGAGGGAGCUGAGAGCUGUGGGGGCAGCUGAUGUAGGUGGGGGGAGGAGGAUAGGGAGGAGCUCCGCGGGGUGGCAGUCAGGAAGGGAGGGGUCUUAAUGGGGAGGCGGAGGGUGAAAGAGAGUUUCUCCUCCCCUGGAGCCCCGAUCAGAUUUCCUCUAGAGGCAGAAGAAAAAGCAAAGAUCCCACCUUCACUUCCCUCUGCCUAGCCGGAGUGGGCUCACCUCCUUGCCUCUCGGCUCUGCGCUGUCUGCCCGGGACCCAACGAGCCCCAGGAUGAUCUGGAAAAGCCUGCCCGUGCUCGCCCUGUUGGCCAUCGCCUGGGUCCACGCUGAGGAAGAAACAAAGAGCAAAUCCAAAAUCUGUGCCAACGUGUUUUGUGGUGCAGGCCGGGAGUGUGCUGUCACCGAGAAGGGAGAGCCAACCUGUCUUUGUAUUGAGCAAUGCAAACCUCACAAGAGGCCUGUGUGUGGCAGUAACGGGAAGACUUACCUCAACCACUGUGAGCUGCACCGCGAUGCCUGCCUCACCGGAUCUAAAAUUCAGGUGGACCACGAUGGGCACUGCAAAGAGAAGAAGCCAGCAAGUCCAUCUGCAAGCCCAGUGGUCUGCUACCAGUCAGACCGCGAUGAGCUCCGGAGGCGCAUUAUCCAGUGGCUGGAGGCCGAGAUCAUACCAGAUGGCUGGUUCUCUAAGGGAAGCAACUACAGUGAAAUCUUAGAUAGAUAUUUUAAGAGUUAUGAUGAUGGAGACUCCCGCUUGGACUCCAAUGAGUUCCUGAAAUUUGUGGAACAGAAUGAAACAGCCAUCAAUAUCACCACCUAUGUCAACCAAGAGACCAACAAGCUGCUCAGGGGACUCUGCAUCGAUGCUCUCAUUGAGCUCUCAGAUGAGAAUGCUGAUUGGAAACUCAGUUUUCAUGAAUUCCUCAAGUGCCUCAACCCUUCUUUCAACCCUCCUGAGAAGAAAUGUGCCCUGGAAGAUGAAACCUAUGAGGAUGGAGCUGAGACCCAGGUGGAAUGUAACCGUUGUGUCUGUGCCUGUGGCAACUGGGUCUGCACCGCCAUGACCUGUGAGGGAAAGAAUCAGAAAGGGCAGCAGCCUAAUGAGGAGCUCACCGAAGAGGAGCUGACCAGAUAUGUCCAAGAACUUCAGAAGCAUCAGGAGACGAUGGAAAAGAAUAAGAAGUCGAGCACCAAAGAGAUAUAACAGAAGCUUCCAGCCCCUGAAGAAGGAACCCAGGGAUUCUGCCUCCCGGCAGGCUCGACCUGUGCCCAUUUACUUCAGUGCUGAAUUCCAUGUACACAAGUGUCUGCUACAGUCUCCAAAUCACCAAUAUUUACGUUGUAUAAUGAAUUUUUUUUCACUUAUUUGUUUUUGUAAUAAAGAAAGAUGUGGGAGAAGAGAGGGGGUAGGGCUAGAACCUUUAUGUCCUGGAAAGCUUUAAGGGAAACUGGAACUGGUACUUGAGGGACUCACUAAGGAGAAUGCUUCCAAGUUAUAGGAGGAGUCCUUUUGGAUCAGAACCAUAUCCCAGUUCUGUGCAGCUCUCCGAUGAGCUGUAGGGAAUGCAAUAAUAGAAUGCCAGGGAGAUCUGUUGAUGGAUGGGAGAAGGCUGGUGGCCAUUCUGGAUUGGAGGGAAAGGAGAUUGUAAAGGAGGGAAUACGCCCAUCAUCCAGAGAAGGCACCAGGGGUAGGGGCACCAUACUAUGGCUUGUCCCCAGAGAACAGAAGCCCUCUGAGCUUGUCCUCUGCCUCUCUGUCCAGAAAUGCUCCCUCAAAAGAGAAAUGGAAAGGCUAACUCAUGGCAGUUUUCCAUUAGCCAGUUAUCUGUCAGCAUGACCCACACUGUAUACCUCUACUGGUAUUCCUGGCAAUCUGUUAGUGACCAUAAGUCCUCCCGAGGCGUAGGCGGAGAGCUCGGAGAGCUCCAAACCUUGGGCUCUGGCUCUUGUCUGCUGCCCCUCAGCUCCACUGGGCACACUCUUUCAUUUGUUCUAUUUUGUUUUUUGACUUUUCACAAAGGUGCUAUCUUUUCCUGAAACACUUUUGACAAGUUGACUCCUUUUUUCAUUUAUUGUUAUUACCAUUGCCUGUUGUUCAUGAAUAUUUUAUUUUCUGGACUAGGAAUUGAGUUUUUGUAUUUUUCAGUAGUGUCUAGACUUUGGGCGAGGGGGCGGGGGGAGGAAUUUAUGAUUAUUUAAUGUCUCGUUCCGUGCCUGCAGCCCAGACUCCACACUACAUUGCACACUGGUUGGUCAGGGUUUUCUCCCAUUGCUUCUAAGGGCAUCGGUGUGGUGUCUGUGAGUAGGGACAGGGGCUGCCUCAAAGAGAAGCCAAUGGAAGAAGAAACAUUGUCAUGGGAAACUGUGUAGGAAGACUGGGUUUGACUGAUUCUGGGGGGGAUAAUGCUGAGGGCUCCAGAUACACAAUUCUGUAUCCGAAUUCAGAUAUUCCAGAUGGUCAGCACUUAAAAAAGAAGUACCACUCCUCUUUCUACAGGCUCCUGGGAGCGAGGAGAUUAUAGCAACAGGAAUGGAUAGCAAGUGUCCUAAAUGCAGAGGGUAAGCCUCCAAGGAGGACAUUACUCCCUGAGGGUAGCAGAGAAAGGGUCUGGCUAUAGUGCUGAAGGCCAAGGAGAAUGGCUACACCUUUUCCCCCCCUAGACUGUCCGUCCUGGGUAGUGAGCUCCUCUCCUUGUACCUUGUAGCAGAGAGAUAGUAGCCACAGGUUUAGUGUCUUAUGGAGGAAGCCAGGUUUCCAUGAGUGCAAGAAGGCUUGUUGUCUACCCUCAGCCCUUUCAGGCUUUGAGAUGCUGUGAGUCACUAACGAGUUCAUAUGAUUUUAAUCCCUUUCCAUGAGAUGAAGCUCUGUUAUGAUGCGAUUGGCAGCAAGGAGCACAUCUCAUGCCGAUGGUAGAUUAUGCCAUAAAGCAUUGGAGGGAGCAGGCAAUAAAGGGAGGGGAAUAUAAAUGAUUUCUUUUGCUUUGAGGGUUUUUUCCCAUUUCAUGUUAGGCUUCUUAUUAUUUGAAACAAAAAUAAAAUAUCUCCGGUAGUAAUUUAUGGUAGGAUGUCAGUUAACAACUUUUCUUAAAUACUUGCUAUGUGCCAGGCCCUCUGUAUGAAGGAAAGUCACCCAGAAUGGGCAGACGAGGAUGGACUCCUUGAAGGGAAUAUCCACUUAGAGGCGAUCACAGACCAGUCAAAUUUGGAAUUAAAACCCGGCUUCUAAUUUCGAUAGAGGAAAAAAGUGAAAAAUAACUGGCACUCUCUGGCUUGGGAAAUGCAGGUAUUUGAGAGAAGCCACUUCCCAUUUCUUGGUAUUUCAAUUCUAACACCCCUUUUCCCAUGCCUGGCACUGUGUGUUUCAGAAGGAUACACAAGGGCUUAGCUUUUCCAUCUACACAUCUACAGCCUUGCAUAUAAAUGUUUGUUGAUUAAUAAAACAAAUAUGAAAUCCUGGGUGUAGGAGGCAGACAAGGAUCCACUUUUUUUUUCCUCCAGAAUUGAAAGACUUGGGUUGUAAUGCAUAAACAAUGAUGAGAGCUGUUGUGUUUAAAUUGAAAUUCUCCCUAAAUAGAUUUCCUUUCAAACACUCCAACUUGGAGAGAUCCAUUUUGCUAAGAAUUCUCAUCUUUCACCUAUCUCUAGCCUAAGACAUUGUUAACUCCCUCUUCCAUUCCUGCAGUCUAAGCAUCUCCUUGUUUAAGUGCCUUAUGCAACCUCAUAGCCAGCCUUAAUCAACAUUUUCACUUGCAGAAAAUGGGCCUCUUUUCCCAUCCCAGAAUCCUUGAGGAGAGAGGGAAGAUCAGAGUCUAGCAGUGAGGUUGGAAGCAAAUUACCAGAGCAGUGUUCCCUCAGCCAAUUCCACCAUCGCUUAAUUCAAUGAUACAGUUUAAAAUUACCAUCUCCAUAUGGGAUCGGAGAUUUAGAGCUGGAAGGGAAUUCAGAGAGAGUCCAACACCCUCAUUUUACAGAUGAGGAAACUGACACCCCAAAAGAUUAAAGGACCUGGCCAGAGUAAUGCAAUUGCUAACUGCCUGAGGCGGGAUUUAAACCCAGAUCUAACAGACUUGAUUCCACUACGCUAGUCAUGAUGCUGCCUCUCAGAACACAGGGACAAGCUGGGUCUAACAGAUGAAAUCCUAAUACAACCUGGCCUAUUUUUGUCUAUAAACUGAGGUCUGCUCUAAUCAGUUCUAUCAGAAGACUGCUUAUGAGCAGCCCAAAAACUCAUGGAAAGGAUGUUGUGGCCCAAGCUUGGGGGAUCCUCCUGCUGAGAACUCUGCACAGAAGAAAUUGAAGACGAGUUCAUCAAAUAGAAUUCUCCUGUCUCUUUGGAAAGGGGGCACUAGAGCAAGCUCCCAUGAGUCUCUUCUUUCUCUACCCCAACUAUGGUCUUAUAAAUCGGUUACUGUAUGGGUUAAAAACAGGUAUCCAUGGAAACGUUAAUGCUACCCCUGCCUGACCAUCCUCCCAGAGCAGAUGGGUCUUCUACCUAUGAAGCAGCCUCACUUCCACCACCCACCAAGUUCUGAGGAACUAUCUCUGAGAUAGGCCUGCAGGGACAUUUUUUUCCUUUAUGCUUAUUUUCAACAUACAAAAAGCUCUUUAAAACAAAUGUAAGCCUUCUUGUAUUUCUCUUGCAUGUGGAAAUGCAUUGGUAAAAGGUCACUGUAGUCAGUAGUAGGCUUUCAUAUGGCAUUUAUUUUAAUCCUUUUUGUAAUUCCUGAUUGGUUCAUUUCUCCCCCCUCUCCUUUGGAGAUAUAAUUGCCAAAUAAAGAAAUUAAAACAA